AUGAAGAACCAUUCUGCGAUUCAAGAGUUCAUUUUGGUAGGACUUUCCAGUUCUCCUGAACAUAAUACAUUUAUCUUUUGGGCAUUUUCCUGUCUUUAUGCAGCUGCUAUGGUAGGCAACAUCCUCAUCAUCCUUGCCAUCAGCGUCUGUAGUAAACUCCACACACCCAUGUACUUCCUGCUGAUCAAUUUGUCCAUAAUAAACAUGGGUUCUAUCUCUACCACCAUUCCCAAAAUGCUACAGACUAUUUUGGCUCAGAGAAAGACCAUCACCCUUUCAGGCUGUAUUGCACAGGUAUAUCUGUUCACUUGGGCCCUGGGAACUGAGCUCCUGCUCCUUGCAUUUAUGGCUUUUGACCGCUAUGCGGCUAUCUGCCAGCCUUUGCGCUAUUCAGUCAUCAUGAAGAAAGACGUUUGCACUGGAUUCAUGACUGGACUUUGGCUUUUGGGCAUAAUCAACUCUUCUAUUCACACAGGGCUUGUGCUCCAGCUGGAUUUUUGCGACUCCAACAUCAUCAAUCACUUCUUCUGCGAGCUGCCACCAAUGUUCAAGAUUUCCUGCUCAGAUACCAGCUUGAAUGAAAUUAUGGUCUUUGCAGCUUCUGUGAUCAUUGCAGUUGGUAGCUGUGGGUUGACACUGGCUUCAUAUUGGUUUAUCCUGAGAGCCAUCAUCAGAAUACGUUCUACUGAAGGGAAGAGGAAAGCCUUCUCAACAUGCUCUUCUCAUCUCUUGGUUGUCACUUUUUACUAUUCCACCAUCAUCUACACUUUUCUUCGGCCUGCCUCAGCCUAUUCCCUUGAAGAAGACAAGGUGAUAGCUAUCCUUUAUUCUGUAGUUACCCCCGUCCUUAACCCACUCAUAUAUUCUCUAAGAAAUACUGAUGUGAAAGAAGCUCUCAUCAAACUGAUAAACAAAUGUUGGAUCUCCAAGAAAGAUUAA